CGGAAAAACGGCUCUUGGUGGUCGGGUUUUUUGCAAAUCGGCUCAACUAAGUUGAUGAAUGUAAGUAAAGGUCGGAACGAAACAGAUAGAAAAGCGGCAGCAAAUACCGCUAGGGAAUUGUUGAGACUCUGGUAUUAAAUAGCAACAACUACGACAGCUUUCGUUUACAAGGACCGCGUACAAAAAGCUACGAAGAAGAUGACACUGAGCACCGUGUCGUGUAGCAGUCCCGUUCCGGGCUCCUGCUCCGACAACAACCCAGCGCACGUCAACUCUUCGGCUCCCGCGACGGACACACAAAUGGAAGAGGAUUUUGUCUCUACCGCGUCUCAAGCAACAGAACUAGCUGCAGGGUCUUGUUUUUCUCAAGACGGACUAGAAGCCGUGCCUGUAGCGAGCAGAACAGGAGGGUCUGCACGAACUACGCCGGGACAGAGGAGUUACAGAACAGGAGGUGGAUCUGCACGAACUACGCCGGGAAAGAGGACCAACUGCAGCCCUGUCAGCCAGAAGCACCACUCCAGGCUCGUUCAGAUCUCCAGGAAACUCGAAGAGGUGCUGCAGAAGCGGGGGGAGGGAAGACAGGAUCAUGCUCCUGGGGUGCAGCAAGAUGGUCUUCUGGUUCCCGAUAGGAGGAGUGAAGACGAGGCGAAGCAGCAAGUGGUGCAUGGAUUGCUGCAAAAGGUACUACAACUUCUUCAUCUUCCAUAGAGAAUUCUAAUAUAAUUACCAUUGUGUAUCCUCUCUAAUUUUAUUCAUCUGUUGUCGGCGCGGACGCGGUUCUGGUUCAACUUAGACGCUACGUAAAUUUUUCAUGUUGCUCGAAGGAAAAAAACUGUGUUGCGAGGCUCACAUUGAUGCCGGCCAUUUUAUUUUAAUUUCUUGUUUGCCAAAUACUGAAGGAGUACUUAGAUAAAUCUUUAUUCAGGGAAGGAUCGUCCAAAUGCAUUUCCCAAAAAUGAAAAUGUGCGCGUCCUCGAUAACCUCCGUAUUUUUGAGGAGGUCUGCUCCCUCUUCAACUCACCUACCUUAAGAAAAGCGAAUGAGAAAAGUUAAUAAGUUUGGAUGAUCCUGACCACGCACGAUAGAAUUGCUGCCACGAGGAUCAUGAUGAUUGGUGUCCCGUCGACAUUUCUACUUACACUUGUUGAGCUCAGUUAUCAUCUUUUCAAUUUUCCCCUAAUGCUCCACCUAAAAGUCGCAAAAUAAGGCUCACAACAAUCUGCGUUCCUCUAUUUUCAGAGAGCAAGUUUUCUCUGAUCGACUAGGACUACAUCAACGUUCCACAAACAAACCAGCGACGUCGUCAUUUCUAAAUGUAUUCAUGGGUCUCACCUCUUGAAAAACAAUUUUCAUCCAUACGCCAGUCCAUAUUUCAGAUUGGCCCUUCUACGUGGUAGUAUUCGUUACGUUUUUCCACGCGAUAGCAUCUUCGGGCAGUGUCUUCCUUAGAAGUCAUAAAAUAAAAAGUUUAUCCCGACAACUAAGAAGAGGCAGUUCUUUAUCUCCUGAAGAAAGCAACGACCAAUAGUACAGCUACGACUGAGAACUCAAACAGCAUCAUGAACGGGUCCACGAAAAUCUCGAAUCCUAUCGACAUGGUGGCCCAUCUUCUCGCGAAGGAGUGCUUCAUCAAGUGCAGGAAUGGGCGGGAGCUGAAGGGCACCUUGCACGCGUAUGACGAACACCUGAACAUGCUGCUCUCGAGUGUCGAGGAAAAGACCCCAGCGAAGGAGCUCCGGCAGAUGGAGAUGCUUUACGUCCGAGGGGAUGCCGUCUCCAUGGUCACCAAGGGCGACAGCAGCUGAAGAUAGAUCACAAAAAGGGAUGGUUACUCGUUGCAGGCUGUAGUAAAAGCAAAAUGAAAUAAAUUAGCCGAAGCUGCUCCGCGUGGUGGUUUAUUCCGAGGAGAUCAUGAUACAUUGAGUAGCACGACACCACUCCCACUUGCGACGUUUCAUGAAACUGAUACUACAACUGUAACGUACUAGACUAUGAUCAAGAACGUCGGCAUGGCGAUUGUCCUCUCAUGCCACAGAACAAGAGCGAGACCCCGCCUGUACUAGAACUACAUUUUCAUUGCUGUAACCCCAGCAGCUUUGAGCAGCCUUGGUGACGGUCGCUAAGAGUCGUAAGUACCCACGCCGAAAGGGCAUCAAUCGACCAUGUUCUCCUCCAAUACCUGUUGUGCCGGGUUAUACGGGGUUAGACUUAGAACCAGGCUACGUUCUUCGUGCGGUCUUCUUUAUUUUUUGUCGUAUGGUCGGCGAGUAUGCGUAUGUCGUCGUUCCCUUUGAUUUCAAGAACAUAGGACCAUUUCUUAUCUUUGCCGGUAGGUGUUUAUGUUUUUAUAUUCUAGAUCGUUAUUUCGGCACUUGCUGCACGUUCUUUUUGCUGCGCGUUCACAUAAGUUGCGUUUAUUUCCGUUUGAAGAAAUUACUACUCUUGCGCAGAAAGAUUAGCUGGCCAAGGGCGUUUUUGUAACACCACAAAGGUUCACUCAAUGUUUGACUUUAUCGUUAUCCAUCGCCGCGUGGAAGAUACAUUCUUUACACAGAAAAGCGAACGAUAGAAGUACAGCUACAACCUUUUAGCAGCGUGUAAGUAUACGAAAAGCCACGGACCAAAGCAGCAACCAAUGGAGAAACAAUUACAGUCGUCAAACGCUCCGCGUCGACAAAUGCUGACAUGAUUGAACUUUUCUAAUUUCGUAUUCGUUAUUCCUCCAAAAACGACCAAAUAACAGAUCCACCGAAUCGAGAAGGGCUUGCAAGCGAGUCAGCUGGUCCGCUCAUUGGAUGCGCUCGAGGAGGCUGUCAAGUAUUGAAGUUUUGAUUUGAACGUCCGAUGCAGAUCUUCAAUGUUGUCAGGAAGUAAAAAUAGUAUGUAGUUCACUAUCUUCAAAAAUGUGAAUCUGAAUCUCGCAGGCUUGUUAGUGUUAUGGACCGAUUCCGCUUUAUGAAUAUUCCUAAGAAGCUACUAGUAUUUGUCAGUUGUAGGCGGGAUUUUUCUAGCUGAGGAGUGGCCAGAUAAUGGACCACCAGCCCUCCAGGCACAUCUACGAGCAGCACGUCGUCGAGCAAAAAUUUGUGAGUCCUUUGAAAGACAACUACAAGAACAACAUCAAGGGGCCCAAAACAGAUUUUCUAGAUUCCAAAAAUGCGGCAAGAAGCAAGACAAAUUACUGCAAUAGUUCUACCUCGUUAGAGCUUUGUCCCGAAUGCUCCCGGAAAGUGCGAGCGUGUUUGGAAGUAGGGAAUCAUAGCGGUGGGACGUCGGUGGAUGAGCAAAAAUAUGUCAAACCCACAGAAAAGAAAAAAUUUGAUGCCUUGGUGGAACAAGACAAGGCUGAUAUAGCAAAACGGGUCGUGAGAACUACUAGAAAUGAAAACAAUAACAUCAAUAGGUCCCGUUUGGUGAACCAGGAGCUGGCGAACCAGGUUUUCAAUGCGGAGGGUCAUCAUGAUCUCCACGCACACAGAAGUACUAGUACAAACGAAGACGACGAUGCAGUUAAUAGACACCAGCGAGGACGAGAUGUUGAACUCGCGGCCACGAAAACGUCUGCGCAGGAGCACCGUUUGGACGACGGCGGCCAGGAAAAAUCGAGACACAACUACGGCAGGCAAAACCAUCAUCACGAGGUCGUCGUGUAUGGUGGAAAGCGAAAGGAGCUGGAGCACUUGGACCACUACUUGCAGCAGGGCACAAAACAGCAUCCGCAGUAUAAUGAUGUCACUGCGGCGGGCGGGGCAGGAGGAGCAGCACAAGCUGGCGGAAGCAGUUCAUCGUCGUCCUCCAGAUACAUCGGAAACUGUAGGGGUCUAGCACCUCCACCAGACCACCUAGUACAACGCCCGGUCUGCAUGAUUCCGGGAUGUGGUGGUGGUCAACAGACGAAUCACGCACGACGAACAGGACGCGGCGCACAUCACCACCAGCACCAGCAACAGAAACAGCAGCUACUCCAGGCGGUGAUUUCUGAUGGCGAAGAUCAAGAUUUGUUUUCGUCGUCGUCUGUCAGGACCGAAAAUAAGCAGGAGGAGAAGUACUACGACGACCCUUAUCAUGGGACGGCCCACUACGAGGACGAGGAACUUUACAGCGUGUAUCCGCCGCGCACUCCGAAACGGGAACAUCAAGUACCAGAGCACGUUAAAAAUUAUAUUCCUCCCGACCUCCACGACGUCAGGACCACAACAUCUUUAUCCGGCCGUCGCGUUGACAAACCUACAACCCUCAACACGCAGCCCUCGUCGGCAACGACUCGGGCUGCUCCAGCUUUCUCCCCAUCCGACGAGGCCGCGCGCCUGCUGGCGGAGGCCCAUGCGAAGUACGGGAAGCACGGCAGGUAUGGAAGCGUCAGGUUUGAAAUCGACAAAGUUGAAAUGAAAUGAUUUGUCAUGCAUAAAAUGGAUUACCAAUUGGACCCACAGUUUCUAGUCGGCGCAUGACAAAUUUCGUCCGUACCGGAAGCCAGUUUGUCAUGCUGUUCAGGGCAAAGGGGCCCCCCUCUGUGAUGCUAGUCAGCAGCCCAAUUCUCGACCCUUGCUUGCACUACAAUCUGCCUCCCUUGCGUCCUCUGCAACAGAGGUAAUCUUUGCGUUGGAUUUUCUGCAUGCCAAACUAUUUCAACUUUGACGAUUUCAAUCCUGACACUCCCAUAGCAGGCGGCUGUUUGACGAGGAGCGCGACCAAAGUCCGGUUCGUGCAGGGCGCAAAAUGCAGAAGCAAAGCCAGCAGAGUCAGACAAGAGCUGCUAAUUGUGAUUUCUACGCGCAGGAGCAUAAUUCUCCUGGUCCUCGUGCAGCGCCGCCUCCGGUGACGAUAGUGGUGCAGCAACAUCACCCGCGACCGUCGAUCGUACCUGCUUCGCACUACAGGAGGGGACAAGAUGAAAACUACGAAGACAUGGACCGCAGGAGCGGGCCGCUGUCGCCUGCAACAAGCUCCUCGUCUGCAGGCUUUACUGGGAGGGGUGGCGGAGUGGAGCAGCUGCACAACCACGGCGCCGUCACUUCAUCUCACGAACACCAAAUCCACCCUGUCGCCGGCGCGCAGCCGUACCACAUUCCUGUGCCCAACACAGUUCCGGGAGGACCCGGGGGAGUGGGAGAGCACCAGCAGCAGCGACGUGGGCACGAAGCUCAUGCAGUACAACAUCUUGCGACCACCGCACAACAGGCCCAGCGGCGGGGGCUUGACGAAGCCAGCUUGGGGUUGCAGCGAGGUCGUGAGCUUCCACGAGGACCAUAUCGGAGCGAAAUACAGGACGUGGACUUCUGUAACGAAGAAUCUCAAGUAGAGCCCGGAUUGGUUUUCCAGGGUCGUGUGGUGCAGCAAUAUCAAAAACGCGAUCCUGCGCACAGGAGUGGUGAUAACAACCCACACGACCUCCAGUCUCUGCAAUUACGUAGGCCUCACCAGCACGAAGACACACAGGAAAAUAACCUGCGCGGCGCGACGACACAGCAACCACUCAAGAGGAUGACGCGCACAGCAGCUCGUGGAAAUGACCUCGUUCAAAAUGACGCGUCUUACACCCCUUCCUCCCUGCAGCUGCCGCGCAAACUUUCCUGCCCCCCGCGCCGGGAACUGCCACCGACGUACGAUUUGCGCGACCUGCGCGAGACGAAGCAGCGAGCCGCAUGGAAUCAAGAUGUGUGUGAACUUCCUUUUUCACCGACAGAGUCCUACGACCACGAACGCCGGAUGAGUCCUGGUUCUUACGGGCCCCACGACGGCGCGUUGCGUAUGCAUCCUCCACAGCAAGAAGCUAGCAUAAGCUGGACCCACAAUAAUUCCUACUCACUUCCCCCGCCGGAAUUACAAUUUGUGUCUUCUACCCAACAAGGUGCAGCUUGCCGGAUGAACAGCAGUAGCGCUGCAGAAGAAGUGGCGUCGAAGAAUUUGUUUCUUCAAAAUAGCGAAUUUUCAGGAGCAGCUAGUUCCUCGACAACCGCUGCGACACCUCCCGGUCGUGCUGGCGUGAUCAUGUCCCGGGUUAAAAAUAACUACACUCCCCAACAACAACUGCACCAGCCUCCUAUGUACCUGAACGACCCCAUUUACAACGACUUGAGAAGCACCAGGAAGAGCCUGCAAUCAGUGCGUCGCGGGUACGUGACUUCGGCAGCCGAAGAGCCGCAAGUGGUGCGCCCGGAUUUAGGCUCGCCGGUGAUGGACGAGGACAGUUCUAAAACAAGUAGAAGUGUUGCGAGCUUAAUGCAAGUGAACCACGCGGCCAGCAAGUUGUCUGAACAAACGCAAAGGCACCAGCCGCUGAGGCACCAGAUGUUGCAGGAGCAGUAUUCAUCGUCCCCGUCGAGGGACUUCCAUCCGGAGCUGCGGUCCCGCAACGACGUGGUCCCAGUGUUGAGUUGCCGCCAGAUGAACGACUCUCCAGGUGGGGUGGAGGCUUUCGAGGAUCACAAGACCUCUCACACUUUGUUCCAUGCGAGAAGUUCUGACGAACACGAGCAGAGGCAUCUGAGCAACAGGGGCUGCGAGGAAAACAAAAGACAGCCCAAGAACCAAAAUGUGGCCCCCUCGAGAUGGAGCCCCGGGACGAGCGCAGCACUAAAUAACCGAGCAGCAGAACAACAUCACCCAGCGGGCCUUGACGCCAGACGGAAUCCGAUCACCCCAGGACGUCGAGACCUUGCGAGAGCUGGGACGAGGGGCAGUAAUACCACCCCCCUCCACCAGAUCCUCGCGAGCAUCCCGCGUCCGCUUGGAAUCCCGCGGACCAGCGUGCCGUGCGGGCCUGUCCGGAGUGCAGCGGAGGGCGGACGAGGUUUUGAAGAAGAUAAAGGCGAUCGUAUUCGAGAUCCGGGUCUGGUUUUCGACUGAAGUGCGAUUUCUUCUAGUGUCUAGUUUCGCACGCUAGAAGAUUGUUCUGCUUCUGCUAAUGCAGACUCAAGGGAAGCCAUCAAAAUGAACAAUAACCGUCGUCCUGCGACUACAGCACUUUGAGUUUCUAACAUCUGCAUCUAGUCCGAAGUGCACGUGCGUAAGCAACUACAUGGUGUUCAAAUUCGUGAUUGAUGUGGACGAAACUGAUUUGAAAGCGCAGCUAUCCGGCUACAACCUAAGAAGCGCAAAAUCUCGCAGGAGUUACAUGUUGAUUUGACAACAUAUUUCAUCCGCUUUCAUCUCCGAAAACCACAACGUACGGAGCGAGAUCGAUAGUUGCAGCUGCAGCUGCCGCAAGUACUAUUCACAGAAGCUCUACUACACAUAAAGGAUAGAACAAAUAAACCGCUAAAGGUAAAGGUGUCGGACGAUCAGAAUUUGAAACGAACGAACCUCCACGAACAAAU